AACCUCUGGAACAGACUAAUUCCGAUUAAAGGGGGAACUUGAGCACAGAGCUCCGUGCGCCCUGUGCCCCAAAUAACGCCAAAACUGUUUAAUAUGGAGAAAAUAACUCUCAAACGUGGCAGUAAGUCUGUAGUAGUGUUUUCUGUAACGGCAAUGACUAUUCACGGUGGAGAACUAAGGAACAAGAAGUUAAUAAAAAAUGCCAAUAUAGAGGGCAAUAGGUUACACUGGCACUAAUAGGGUAAGCACUUUAAUUGUGAUUGUUUGCUUUUUAUACAAGGAAAAAACCUACAUUGGUACAAACUUGGCAUUAAUUGCCAUCCAAUUUUUUUUACAGCAUUUUGAAACAGGCAUUAUAAAAUAAGCUACUUGGAGCUCGCAAUGCCGAAAGAGCUAUUCAGACAUGGGCACCAAUAGACAACAUCUAAAUCUAAAUCUAUAUCUACAGACUAACUCUACAGACUGCUUGUAGAUUUUUAAUCAUUUUGGAUGGAUUUUAUUUUCCCCUUCACAUUUGUAUUUAACCUGACUUGGGCCUAUGCACGCAACCCAUAUGUUAUGCGUUUGUUUAUGAAACUGGCGUAGUUAAUUACGCUGUGGAAAUUGCACUCAAUGAUAUUUUAACUGGCCUGUAGCAAUGUAUGUGUACUCUCAAUUUAAACCCAUGUAAUCAAUAUCUUUGUCAUUAUAAGUAGGGUACGACCUAUAGACUAUACUAAAUUCCAAGAGGUUGCGUUAUCACAGCAUGUUCUCAGUGUUUCCUGAGGAUGUAAAGAAGGUACAGUUUAUGAGCUUGCAAAAUGUCACUUAUAAAAGUUAACAGUCGACCCAUUGGUAAUAAUAAGAGGCCGUGUCACUAUCUGACGUGACCAAAGCUCACAAAAGGUCAUUUACACAUGGAAAGCAUCAGGUCGAAAAGUAGUGUCUCUGCUGCAUGCAGUGUUAGAGAGCACAGACUCUGAAGAGGGUGUUCAUCCGCCGAUCUAAAAGUAAAGUAUUAAAACAGCGUUAGGUAAGGUGAGAUAAAUGGAUGGAAAGCAUAAAAGGCUUAAACAGUCAUUCAUUCUGCAGGGCCAUCCAGUGGCAUUUGACCGGAACGUCAUGAAGGAGGCAUGAAUAGUCGGCGUGCUAUAUCUCUCUUUCAAGUCUUUAAAGAUAAUGUUCCUACAAAUCCAAGGACAUUUGCUCGAUACAUGCUUAUCACAACAUGCUGAAUUUUCUGAACACGUUAAUGGUCAUCCAAAACCAGCAGUGUGGAUCCCCAGAAUUCGACAGUCUCCCCCAUCUGGAUAAAAAAGAAAUGACAACCCUGCUCAAAAUUCCGGAGACACCAGGUGAAGGCAGAAGGGAUUGACCCGAGCACCAACACACUAAGGAAUGGUGCAAAAAAGAAGCUGAUCGUAAAAUGGGUUUGAAGGUGGACUGCAGCAGAUUCAGAAAGGACUUUGAAACAAGACUGAUAUAUUCAAGUACAUCAGACGUGAAAGUGAGUGAAAUGGAAUGAAAGCUCCUUUUGAAAUGUGAAGCUGUAUAAUAUAGAAGCAUAAGUUCCAUGACUAUCUUUGGACAGCCUACAUAUUUGGACCAUGGGCACAGUGAUAUCAUAUUGCCAGGGUAGCUGCUCACAGCCUGGAGGUUUGCACAUGGUGUGUGAAGGACAGUUGUGCAGACAGAUCGGCAGGUUCGUGGAAGCCAAACUGUUCACUGUUUAAGGAGAGCAGUGAAGAUGUUGAGUACCACCAACGCCAGGUCUGGCCUGGUUUACUAUGCGAUGUGGCAAAAAAGAGACAUGUCAGCGACUCCAGGAGGUCUGUCGCAUGAUUGGUUUCCCAUGAUGGGCUGGGAGAGUCCAGCAUUCUGUCAAGAGAGGAUGCAAUAUUCAGAAAUGCUCAUCUGAAGUGUCUCAGUCAUCAGGCUUUGGGCAGGGAUGAGUCCUAAUAGCUUGACCACAAGGGUCUGUCUUCCCCAUCGUCUUUCUGAAGGUCUUUUAGUUGGCCCUCUGAGUAGAUUUAAUGGAACUCCCACGGCACAAGAGGAUUCACAUACUAGGGGGAAAACAAACAUGGUGCAGUGUUAGCGAGGCAGCUACAGCAGUGCCACUUGGCCAGCUAUGCAAACGCACUUGGACAAUAAGAGGAAAGCAGCACUUGCUGGCCGGGUAUAAAAAGCACAUCAGGCUUAUCGAGGCGUGUGCACUCCUGACUUCCAUUUGGAGAUAUUUCAUUAACGGCAUAGUGUCUUAACUCUGGCUGCACCACUCACCCUCCUUCCAUAAGCUGCCAGCGGAUUGCCAAAGUGGUGCAGCAACUUUCCGGCAUUAACUGCAUCCGCCGUCCCAGAACAUGUCGUUGACCAACACAAAGACGGGUUUUUCGGUGAAGGACAUUUUGGACCUCCCUGACACAAACGACGAGGAAGGAUCUAUCACUGGCACUGAGGAGGAUACGGAGGGCUCGGAGUCGACUAAAACACCUGGAGUGCUGGUGCAAAGCCCGAUAGAGAACGUCCAAAACCUGCCUUUAAAGAACCCUUUUUACGAUAACACUGACAAUCCAUACACCAGGUGGCUUGCAACUACCGACACCAUUCAAUACUCAUUGCACGGUCUAUCUGCAACCUCUCAGGACUCGUCCGCUAAAUCUCCAGAGCCGUCGGCAGACGAGUCACCCGACAACGACAAGGAAACUUCGAGCAGCGGCAGCGACUCCGGUAAGAAGCGCAAGCGGCGAGUGCUGUUCUCCAAAGCGCAGACGUACGAGCUGGAACGCCGUUUCCGACAGCAGCGCUACCUCUCAGCCCCCGAGCGGGAGCACCUGGCCAGCCUGAUCCGUCUCACGCCCACUCAAGUGAAGAUCUGGUUUCAGAACCAUCGCUAUAAGAUGAAGCGAGCCCGCGCGGAGAAAGGUAUGGAAGUGAGCCACCUUCCUUCUCCGCGACGCGUGGCCGUGCCCGUAUUAGUCAGGGACGGCAAACCGUGCCACGCGCUAAAAACUCAGGACCUGGCGGCCACGUUUCAGGCGGGCAUCCCGUUUUCUGCUUACAGCGCUCAGUCUCUGCAGCACAUGCAGUAUAAUGCGCAUUACAGCGCCGCCGCCACGCCGCACUUCCCCACGGCGCACUUGGUGCAAACGCAACAGUGGACUUGGUGAAGCCGUAGUGACGUUUUUUUUCUUCUUCUUCUUUGUUUGAUUUUUUUCCUUCAGGGCUGCGUUUCAAAGACCUCGUUAGAGUUUUUUAUUUUCCAACGAAAAUAAAGAAAAGACUGGUUUUCGCAGCUCGACCCAUUCUCGUCGUUUCAUUCAUUUCCGGGGCUGAUGUGUGUGCCGUGUUUACAUUUGUUUUCGUUCAGAAAACCGGGUCCAGCCCUUUUCUCCCAGAUCCGAGAAUGUUGAAGCUCUUGUGAAAUUUUGUAAAAAAAAAAAAAAUUGUGUGUUGUAGAAAUGUUUUUUUUUCCUUUUUGUCCCUCGUGUUAUAAGCACGUACAAGACCACUUUAUAAUUAUAGAAAAUUUUAUUUCUAGCUUUUACGAUGGACCGAAUAUAUUUAUGGCCAUGAAUAAAACAUUGGCAACUUUUAGCUUAUUUUAUUUGGUUUCUUUUUUCUUUGUAAAUAUCUGUGGUAAGUGUAUGCAAUGCAGAUAUAUUUGGACGCUCACCUAGUUAUGAAGAUUAUAGAUAUAUUCCCAGGAAGGUGCAAAAAUGGAACAACAGUUAUGGAUAAAUAUCUCUAUAAAAUGUUGACAGCCGUUGCAAAGAGCGUUGAUGAGAAAUAGGCUACCCCCCAAUUUUUUUUUUUAUAUAUAUAUAAGACUUUUAAUAAAAUCCUGUGUUUCAGAAAUGUCGCUUUGGAUUGCGUUUGUUUUUGACGGAAGGACGGACUGGAUACACUGCAUACUAUUUUAGUUUCAUCGUGAUUUUCAUAGAGGGACUCCUUCAUGAACGAAAAAAAACCCCGAUCAUACUUGGCUUUUUAUGGAAUGUUUUCAUGAGUCUUUUAUAGAAAGGCUACUUUCGA